AUGCGGAAAUUCAUAGACAUAGGCGCGAACAUCACCGACGCCGUGUUCCGUGGACUCUACCACGGAUCCCAGAAACACGUCAGCGACUUCAAUGCUAUGUUGGGCAGAGCCAAAGAGACCGGUGUGGAGAAAAUAAUUAUCACUGGCGGCAGCCUCGAGGACUCAAGAAACGCGCUAGAGCUCGCGAAGUCAGCUGAAAACCUAUUCUCCACCGUGGGUUGUCAUCCAACGAGAUGUAACGAUUUCGAAAAAGACCAUGCGUACCUCGACGAGCUCAUUGAGCUUGCGAAGUCAUCAUCAAAGAUCGUUGCCGUCGGCGAAUUUGGACUGGACUACGAUCGCACCAACUUCUGCCCGAAGGAGACCCAAUUAAAAUAUUUCGAAACACAGUUCGGAUUGGCCGAAGCUACACGGAAACCACUAUUCCUGCAUUGUCGAAGCGCAGCGGAAGAUUUCACCAAACUCAUGAAGCAGUAUCGAGACUCUUAUUCCACUGGUGUGGUUCAUUCGUUCGACGGAAGCUGGGAGCAGGCUAGCACAUAUUUGGAUAUGGGACUCUACAUAGGGAUAAAUGGCUGUUCACUGAAGACAGAGGAACGGCUCGACGUCGUGAAGAAGAUUCCCAACGAUCGAUUGAUGAUCGAGACAGAUUGUCCUUACUGUGAUAUAAAACCAACGCACGCAAGUUACAAGCAUGUAAAAACUUUUUUCGAAUCGAAGAAGAAGGAACGCUUCGAAGAAACCAAGCAAGUAAAAGGAAGAAACGAACCGCAAAACAUAGUCCAGGUUUUGGAAGUGAUCGCGGCUAUCAAAGGGGAGGAAGAUGUUGAUCAUCUGGCUUCCCAGAUCUACGAGAACACAUGCAAAGUGUUUUUCCAAUAA